AUGCCUCGCCGGAGAAUACGCGCCGAGGAUUUAGAUGACUGUAUUGCGCACCCGAAUGGCCGCAAGAAAACCGAUAUAUUUGAAUUCGGCCGUCGGGACCUAGCAGUCCCUCUGGAUGUGAUCUUUGGCCCAAUCGAGAAGGAGUAUAUCAAAACCGGCAAGAUCGGAGGAUUUGCGGUCUCCGAGGCUCGGGCUGAGACUAUUCAUGAGGCCGUGAAACACACUUGGGUCCUCGCCGUAGAGGCUGAGACAACCUACAGAGAGAGCUCAGCCCUCCAAAACACUAUGAUAGAUAUCAACAGAAAUAGCUUCUCUGCCAUCUCUACCGAUAUCCUAGAGAUUGGUGCCGUAGCUGGCUUGGGCCCGGAGGAAAACUUCGACAAAAAUGUGCAGCUGGUGGAGAAGGUCGAGGAGAUCGCGAAGAAGAAACGCUCCACCCCGGCCGAGCUCGCGAUCAACAGGACUACAGCGCCAUCUAGACGUCCCGGGAUUCCUACUAUCAUUCCUAUUCCCAGGGCCACCACUGCAGAACGAGUGGAGGAGAAUAGCAAGCUGAUUGGUACCUCGAACGAGGAGAUGGCUGAGAUUGACGAUAUCCUAGCCGUAUUACCCUUAGCAGGUGGACUAUACCCAGAGAUCUUAUAG